GCAAUGCAUAUAUGUACCUGAUGGAGGUUUAUAAGAUUUUCCUCAUUACACUAGUAUUGUGUUCUUUUAGAACUGUAAUAUGUUCACACUUUAGGGGUGGUAUCAUAACUUGGAAACCUUUUGGCAAUCAGGUUAAAAUAUCAUACCGAUUAGCCUUUCGGAGAUCAUUCAGUAGUAACUUUUAUUGUGAUGCAGCAACCAUAUCUUCUUUGCUACCAGGAGAAGAGGCAUUACAAUGCUUGUACGGAUGUUCCGGCAAUAUAGUUCCUAGUAUGUCUUAUUACUGUACAGACUUCAGCGCUGAUGAGGAUUGGUCAAGUGGGGAACACACUGUUGUUUAUAAAUUUCCUGUUUCAACUUCUAAUAUAUAUCACUUCGGGUAUAUAAGUAGUGCGUGGAUACCUUUGGCUGAAGGCGGGAGCGGUUGGUCAAUGAGAACGGCAGCAAACUUAACAGUACGAAUGGAUACAGGACAAAUAAAUUCAUCUCCAAUAUCUGCUAUGAAGCCUAUUACAAGAAUGAAGCAUGGGUGUCAAUAUUCUAUACAUAUACCAGUUCAAGACGAUGACGGCGACAAAGUAAAAUGUAGAUGGUCUACCAAAACAAGGUAUGAUGAAUGUGGAGGUGUCUGUCAAACAUUAUCAGAUUCAGUUUUAGACGAGAUCUCUUGUAUUUUACAUUACAAUGCUACCAAAAGCAUAGGCUGGUAUGCAGUUGCAGUACAACUAGAAGAUUUUGCUGUAUCCAAUGAUAUGAUACCGUUAAGCAGUGUGCCGUUGCAGUUUCUUAUCCAAGUAUUUACAUCGAAUGGUUUUUGUAAAGACCGACCGGUACUUAUAAAAACAAACUUUAUCGAUGGAACAAAUAUUCCAAUCAGCCUGUAUUCAACUUUAUGUGAAAUCAUGAUAGCAAAGAGUGCAACAAACACAUCAGUGAUUAUUGAAAUCGAAACUGUUUCUCCUAUAGGGAUGUUGAAAUCCAAUUUAAAGGUAUUUGGUGAUACUGGAAGGGAAUGGUUCGUCAUAGUAAAGUGGAUACCAACUGAGGAUCAAAUAGGGAGCCACAUAUUUUGCUACACAGCAAUUGACAGUAACGGACAAUCAUCUGACCAAACAUGUGUCACGCUUGUAGUAAUUGGUUCUAUUACAACAACUAAAAAUGAAAAAGCAACAACAACUGCAACGCCUUUAAUUAAGGAACAAACAACAGUUUUCUGUGAACCAACGCCCAUAUCAACUGUUCCAACAACUGUGACACCAACCCCACCUGUACUAACAACAGACUGGAUUAUAGUCAUUGUUGUUUGUGGAACUAUAAUGCUGAUUUUCUUAUGUUCCUGUAUCUAUAUGUUAUUAAGGGUUUCAAGAAGAAACAGAAGAAACCAGAACGACGACCCUAUCUAUUACACACCUUCAUUAAAUACAGUAACAAAUAAUAAUGAAAUACACUCGUACAGUACCACUUCAAUGAAUGAAACGGACAUUAUACCAGACGCGGAGUUGAAAUCAUGGAAGAGUUGUGACAAUCAAUGAUAUCACAUCAAACAGUGAAGUGUGCACACAGUAGAAGGAUGGUAAAAACGUUUUGUUUUAUUCUAGUUAUAAUUCCGCCAACUGACUACUAUCAAACUUUGAGAUAUGGAUUCGAAAAUAGUAUCACGCCUGAAAAUGGAUUCAAAACAAGAAGCAAUUAUGGUUAUAUCUAAUGAUUGAAGAUAUAAAAACAAAAUUAUGAGAAUCAAAUUGAUAAUUAUAAUUUCAAUGAUUUCGGUGUACAUAUCUUAUCGUCGUCGGUUUCAGUAGAAUGAUUUGUGAACUGUUGUUUGACUGUACGUCUUUUCUGUUUUGUUGUCCUUUUGCAUCAACUUCUGGUUUUUAUUGUCCAUUUGUUUUCGAGUGACUGGUAUGAUUCACAUCAUCAUGAUUUUAAACAGAAAAUACGAUCAUCCUGUAUGUUUUUUGAUACCAUUUCAUAGGCGAAUUACACUCAAAUAAAUUUCAUGUAAA